CUUUCACUCAUGAGAAGCCGCGAACUCUGUCACAACGAUUCAUAACGCGAAAGCCGCGCUGCCGCGCCGCUGCCGCACUUCCACGCUCGCGACUUCGAGUGUGUUUGGAGUGAGAUCUCGAGUCGUGUGAUCUUUCCUCAGUGCUUGAAGUGUGUGUGUGUGUGAGCCGCAGAGAGAGAGAGAGAGAGAGAGAGAGAGAGUGAGUUUCAGUCAUGGCUGUGGACGGAAUAGACCAGCGCGCGCUCCAAUAUGAGCAAACUUUGAUGUAUGGGCGUUACACUCAGGAACUGGGUGUUUAUGCAAAAGAAGAGGCAGCCCGACUGCGAGAGGAUGGCCGUCACCGGCGUUCCAUCUCUGAACGCAGCCCGUCACUCAAAGUGCUGGAAUAUGAGAAGGGACGAUGCGUCAAGUGUCGAAGGUUUUCGUACGCCCUGGAAUCAACACCUCGGGACUUUUUUUCUGUCUGUACAGUUCACUGUCAGAGGUUCCUCAUGUCUCGGGUGGGUGAGGACUGGAUCUUUCUCAUUCUGCUGGGUCUGGUCAUGGCGCUGGUCAGCUUUGUUAUGGACUUCUGCAUCGCUCUUCUCUUACAAGCACAGAAGUGGAUGUACGGUGGUUUGGACAGUAAUGUGGUCUUACAGUAUUUGGCGUGGGUCACUUAUCCUGUGGUUCUCAUCAGUUUUUCUGCAGGAUUCACACACAUCGUGGCUCCUCAGGCUGCCGGGUCCGGCAUUCCUGAGAUGAAGACGAUCCUCAGAGGUGUGGUGCUAAAAGAAUAUCUCACUUUAAAAACAUUUGUUGCCAAAGUGGUCGGUCUGACAUGUGCGCUGGGCAGUGGAUUACCUCUGGGUAAAGAGGGGCCGUUCGUUCACAUCGCCAGCUUGUGUGCCGCUCUGCUCUGUAAAUUCAUGUCUUUAUUUGGUGGAAUUUAUGAGAAUGAGUCCAGGAACACUGAGAUGCUCGCUGCUGCUUGUGCGGUCGGGGUCGGCUGCUGCUUCGCUGCUCCUAUUGGAGGUGUGUUGUUCAGCAUUGAGGUCACAUCCACAUUUUUUGCCGUCAGAAACUACUGGCGAGGAUUCUUCGCUGCUACAUUCAGUGCCUUUAUCUUCAGAGUUCUAGCGGUGUGGAACAGAGACGAAGAGACGAUAACCGCUCUCUUUAAAACCCGCUUCAGACUGGAUUUCCCCUUUGACCUGCAGGAGCUUCCCGCCUUCGCUGUGAUCGGGAUUGCCAGUGGAUUUGGUGGCGCUCUGUUUGUGUACCUGAACAGACUGAUUGUUCAAUUUAUGAGAAAACAGAAAACCAUCAACAAGUUCCUGAUGAAGAAGCGUCUGUUGUACCCGGCGCUGGUCACUCUGCUGGUCACAACACUCACCUUUCCUCCAGGAUUUGGACAGUUCAUGGCUGGACAGCUCACACAAAAGGACACAAUGGUGUCAUUCUUUGACAAUCACACCUGGGCAAAGCAAGGAAUCACAGAGGACUUCAUAUACAACAGCCAAUCGGCCGCCUGGAAACAUCCGCAGGCAAAUAUCUUCAUCAUCCUCGUCAUCUUCAUCGUCAUGAAGUUCUGGAUGUCAGCUUUAGCCACGACUCUUCCAGUCCCCUGUGGAGCUUUCAUGCCUGUGUUUGUCAUUGGUGCUGCGUUCGGGCGUUUGGUGGGUGAGAGUAUGGCCGCAUGGUUUCCAGAGGGCAUCAAUUCAGAUGGAACCAUCUAUCCCAUAAUGCCCGGUGGUUAUGCUGUUGUGGGAGCGGCUGCAUUAUCCGGUGCUGUCACACACACGGUGUCGACGGCUGUGAUUGUGUUUGAGUUGACGGGUCAGAUCAGUCACAUUCUGCCCAUCAUGAUCGCUGUGAUUCUCGCCAAUGCCGUCGCUCAGAGCCUCCAGCCGUCCAUCUAUGACUCCAUCAUCCGCAUUAAAAAACUGCCGUACCUGCCCGAGCUCGGCUGGGGUCACCACGAGAAAUAUAAUAUCCGUGUGGAGGACAUCAUGGUGAGAGACGUCCAUUACAUCACUCUCAACUCCACCUACAGAGAUCUGCACGAGAUUCUUCUGAUGGGAAACCUGAAAACAUUAGCACUGGUGGAGUCUGCAGAGUCGAUGAUCUUGUUGGGUUCUAUUGAGCGUGCUCAGUUACAGGCGCUCCUGACACAGCAUCUGGGUAGCCAGCGGCGUCUGGAGUACAUACGUGAGCAUGCAGAGGAUGAGAGGAAGCGUAUGUCAGUGAUCAGCACCCCCAGCAGUGAGGAGGGAGGUCACAAGGUCAACCACGAGGUUCGAUUUCAGAUCUCCACAGAGGAAUCCUCCUUCCCUCCCUCUCGACCUGUUUCUCCCAAACCUCUCAAACCAGCGCUGAAGAGAUCGUCUGUCGCUGAGAAGAACACAGACAUUCCCACAAGUCCUCAUGAAUCUGGCAGUGGUCUGAAGAAUCUUCUCUGCGCUCGUCCUCGGACAGAAACACUGGAGAAUAAUAAUGUGAUGACUGCUGAUCUCAGACCAGUUAAACGUGUGAGGAUUUCAGUCGUGGACGACCCGGACAUGGAAGAUGAUAUGACACUUCGAGAGAUUGAGGAGUGGGAGGAGCAACAGCUUGACGAGCAGGUGAACUUCAACAACUGUAAGAUUGACCCCGCCCCCUUCCAGCUGGUGGAGCGCACCUCACUGCACAAGACACACACCAUCUUCUCUCUGCUGGGUCUGGAUCACGCUUACGUCACCAGUAUCGGGCGACUCAUCGGGGUGGUUUCACUGAGAGAGUUGCGUAAAGCCAUCGAGGGCUCCAUGACGGUGAAGGGGGUGAAGGUUCGCCCGCCGCUGGCCAGUUUCCGGGACAGCGGGACCAGCGGAACCAGCAGCGAAAGUGAAGCCACGGAACUUCACAAACUGUGGGAGCGUCACACAAACCUCACGCUGCCCAGAGAACAUCUGCCCAACUCCUCGGACUCGGACGACAAAUCCCACUGACGCACAAAAUAGUCCACAGUCUUAUAGACGGACUCCCGAAUGUCCACCGGAUGGAUGAUUUGGGACUCCUUUAAAUCUUCCUGACAAACACUAAUUCCAUUUCCUGUUAUGGCAAAGAAUCAGGGACUCUUUGUGUUGUCAGAUUGGGUGUGUGGUGUAGAACGGGCCGGUGUUGUUUCUUUACAUUCCCUUUGUGUUUUAAACUUGAUCACUGGACACUUUCUCUCCCCGUCUCUCGAUGGGUUCUUUGUGAAGCAAGAGGUGGGCAUUGAGUUUCUCUCUAUAUAAAGACCCUGUUGCUGGUGUAGGCGACUGCUGUGGGUGCAGAGAGCGAGCGAGAGAGAGAGAGAGAGAGAGAUAAUGGAUGUGUGUGGGAUGUAUAAUCUCUAGAUUCUCACUUCAGUAGAAAAGAGUUUUUUUUCUCCCGUGACAUUUCUUCCAGCAGAGAUUUCGGUCGCCAUUUUACAGACAAACCGCUCUUGUGUUUUCCACUCAGGAUCUUUUGAAAGGAGUGAAAUCACAGAAGCGUGUGCACUUUUUUUGUUGCCUGCACACUAAACUUACAUGAAAAAACCGUACAGCAUUUAUUCAUCUGGAUUCAGUUAUGAGAUUAUUUAUGAGUGCAGCGUUUUAUUUAAAAAUAUUUCAUAUUGUUAGCUCGUGGUAAGCUACAGUCUUGUGGAAAAGUGUUCACCUGGUGAGAGAAAAGUUGAAUCACAGCUCCGUCCACACCACAUCCAUAACAUUUACAAUAAUCAGUAACACUUUACAAUAAGGUUCUUAACAAUUAGCUAAUGCAUUAGCAAACAUGAACAAUACUUAUACAGCAAUCAUGUUAAAGCAAUCAUGGCACUUCACCCACAAAUGAAAAUACUGUCAUCAUUUCCUCACCUUCAAGU